AUGAAGGAGCAACAAUUGCCAGGAAAACUGGAUCCUGAUCUUUUAAAACUGAGAGGUAUUUCUCCAGGGCCUCUUUAUGGAAAGAUCAAGAACGGAGAAACAGUCACAGCUCCUGACGGCAGCCUGGUGAUGCCUGCAGAUGUCCUGGGACCACCACGUCCUGGCCGUAAAGUUGUUAUACUUGGGGAUACAUGUGACUCAUCAAGGAUUAUGGACUUGGCUUUUGAUGCAGAUAUAGUUGUUCAUGAAGCUACUCUUGAAAAUGAACUGAUGGAAACAUGCAUAGAUCAUGGUCAUUCAACUCCAGGUAUUUUAAUUGAUUUAUUUAUCACUAAUGAUGCUCUUCAAGAUUUAAUUCAAUAUCAAUACUUGAAGGCAGAAUUCUAG